AUGCCACCAUCAAACGGAGGUCCAGUUGGAUACACGCCCCCAGAUGGAGGCUGGGGGUGGGCAGUGGUUGUUGGAGCUUUCAUUUCCAUUGGCUUCUCUUGUGCUUUUGGCAAAUCUAUUACUGUAUUUUACAAAGAAAUUGAAGAAAUAUUUAAAGCCAGCACCAGCGAAGUGUCAUGGUUAUCUUCCAUCGCGUUUGCUGUCAUGUAUGGUGGAGGUCCUAUCAGCAGUAUCCUGGUGAAUAAAUAUGGCAGUCGUCCAGUUAUGAUUGUUGGCGGCUGCUUGUCAGGCUGUGGCUUGAUUGCGGCUUCUUUCUGUUCCACUGUGCAGGAACUUUACUUGUGUGUCGGAGUCAUUGCAGGUCUUGGGCUUGCCUUCAACUUUAAUCCAGCUCUGACCAUGAUUGGCAAGUAUUUCUACAAGAGGCGACCAUUAGCAAAUGGACUGGCCAUGGCAGGCAGCCCUGUGUUCCUCUCCGCCCUGGCCCCCCUCAACCAGGCUCUUUUUGCUGUCUUUGGCUGGAGAGGAAGCUUCCUAAUUCUUGGAGGCAUCCUACUAAACUGCUGUGUGGCUGGAGCCCUGAUGAGACCAAUAGAGCCCAAGCCAACAACUGCAGGGAAAGAGAAGUCUAAAGAAUCCCUUCAGGAAGCUGGCAAAUCUGAUGCAAACAAGGGGGCAGGUGAUGCAAAUACAGAAGUUAAUGGCAGAAACCCCCCAAAGGAGAAGCAGUCCGUUUUCCAAACAGUUAACAAACUUCUGGACUUAUCCCUAUUCAAACACAGAGGCUUUAUGCUGUACCUCUCUGGGAAUGUGAUAAUGUCUUUUGCGCUGGCUACACCUUUAGUCUUUCUUAGUAAUUAUGCCAAGAGUCAACAUCACUCUAGUGAGAAGUCUGCCUUCCUUCUUUCCAUUCUGGCUUUUGUUGACAUGGUAGCCAGACCUUCUAUGGGAUUUGUAGCCAACACAAAGUGGAUAAGACCUGGAAUUCAGUAUUUUUUUGCUGCUUCUAUUAUUGCAAAUGGAGUGUGUCAUAUGCUAGUACCCUUAUCCUCUAGCUAUAUAGGGUUCUGUCUUUAUGCGGGAUUCCUUGGAUUUGCUUUUGGGUGGUUUGGCGCCGUAUUGUUUGAAACGCUGAUGGACCUGGUUGGAUCCCAGAGGUUCUCCAGUGCUGUGGGAUUGGUGACCAUUGUGGAAUGCUGUCCUAUUCUCCUGGGGCCACCGAUUUUAGGUCGUCUCAGUGACAUAUACGGAGACUACAAAUAUACAUACUGGGCAUGCGGCAUAAUCCUUAUUGUCUCAGGCAUCUAUCUCUGCAUUGGCAUGGGCAUCCAUUAUCAACUUGAGGCAAAAGAACAGAAGGCAGAGGCGAAGCAGAAAAAGGAAAGUAAAGAGAUGGAACCAAAAGAAGUUAUUAAAGCUGCAGAAUCUCCAGAACUGAAAGGCACAGAAGGAGGACCCAAAGAGGAGAAACUUUCAGGCUGA